UGCAGCUGUGUCGUGAGGAUGGCGAGGCUGGGACCACAGCACCUGCCCCACACGCAGGCUGUUCUGCUGCGAGAUGUGCCGAGCAUGAUUCCUGUGGAGGACAUCAGACAGGCGUUCCAGGAGCUGUCCAUCCCUGUUGGAGCUGUGGACAGGUCGCCCCAGCACGUCAGAGUAGAAGUGCUGCGCCGCAGCGACUACGAGCUCCUGCUGGUGCGAGGACUCAGCUUCUUCGGGGUGACGAGCUUCGCCGCGACGCCCGACCCGGGGCAGCACGGCCGCGCCGGGGACGGGCCCGGCUCCCGGGACGCCGUGGUGCAGUGCUACCGCUGCCAGGGGUUCUGGCACACGGCCGCCAGCUGCCGGCACCAGCCGCGCUGCGUGCGCUGCGGCGAGGCGCACGGCGUGGAGCUGUGCGUGCACCCGCGCGAUGACCCCACCUGCUGCAACUGCCGCGGCCGCCACCACGCCUCGUACGCGCACUGCCCCGUGCGUGUGAGGCUCAGCUCCGCGGUGCCCGUGUGCCUGGCGCUGUCGGGCGGGCGGCACGGCGAGCCCGCCUAGCCGCGCUGCCGUGUCGAGUCCUUGUACUGAAUAAAUGUGACGCCUCUGUGCCUGUCUGCUCCUUGAUGCUAGCAAUGCCCUCGGGUUCGCAGUCCAGCGUGGAAUAGUUCUGUACAAGCUGGUCACAUUUGAAAUGCUAUACAUGUUAACUGGCAUUUCUAAGUAUGUACUGCAACGUCUGCAACUAACGUAACUGCGGCAAUUGUUUUGUGUUUCGGCGUUUGCGGCUGCAGCAUACAUAGUUAUAAUCUUGUUGGUGCCGAUAUGUAAUCGAGCCUAAGGAAAUGUUAUUUGGUACCAAUGAUAAGCAUACAAAAACUACCAACCACAAUUUUACCAUUUUACAAAAUUCAACCCUCAAGGAGGGUUAAAAACGUGUAUGGUUUCAAAACGAAAUUGAACACUUCUUAUUGUGUUAAGACUAGGGGUUAAAAACUAAGCAGAACUUGCAUGUAGAUUUACGUCUUAUAUUUUUUUCUUUCAUUUAUCAAAAUUCAUCUUUCAAGGGUGUGAAAUGGGGGUAAGUUUUGAUUUGUUUUAGUUUUUUUAAAAUAUAUAUAUAAAUAAAAUCUUGGAAAAAAAUUUAAGUAAGACCUACAUUAUUUGGUAAGAAUGCUAACAAAUAAACCAUAAGUACAUUAUUAUUUUCACUUUCCAAAAUUCUGUCUCCGAGGGGUGUAAAACAGGUAAGUUUGGUUUUAUCAUGAAAAAAUCAUAUCUCCUUAGCAAAUAAAGCUGGAUGUAAGGAGCUGAG